UUGCUUUCACAGGAAGCCGUGCUCAGAGGUCUCAGUGAGCUGGCCGUUCCUUUGCAAUGACCGUUUGCCCUGCUCUGUUUCAGGGCCGAGCUGGCAGCGACGGAGCAAGAGGGAUGCCCGGGCAGACGGGCCCCAAGGGUGACCGUGGCUUCGACGGCCUGGCUGGACUGCCCGGGGAGAAGGGCCACCGGGGUGACCCCGGUCCUUCUGGCCCGCCGGGACUUCCAGGAGACGACGGAGAAAGGGGUGACGACGGAGAAGCCGGGCCCCGAGGGCUGCCUGGGGAGCCCGGGCCGCGUGGUCUGCUGGGGCCGAAGGGGCCCCCCGGCCCUCCUGGACCUCCUGGUGUGACAGGGAUGGACGGCCAGCCAGGCCCGAAAGGCAACGUGGGUCCCCAGGGGGAGCCCGGGCCCCCAGGACAGCAGGGUAAUCCGGGUGCCCAGGGUCUUCCAGGCCCCCAGGGUGCAAUCGGUCCUCCCGGAGAAAAGGGUCCCCUGGGUAAGCCAGGUCUCCCAGGAAUGCCCGGUGCUGACGGACCCCCGGGGCACCCUGGCAAAGAAGGCCCUCCAGGAGAGAAGGGAAGCCAGGGUCCUCCCGGCCCCCAAGGCCCGAUCGGCUACCCUGGUCCCCGUGGAGUCAAGGGGGCAGAUGGCAUCCGAGGUCUGAAGGGCACCAAGGGUGAGAAGCAGCCCUGCACACCCAGGCCUGGGGUCCGGCCCGACUCCCAGGCGGUGGGGUCAGUCCCACGGGGUGGAGACUGGGGGGGUCCCCCCUCACCUUCUCUUUCUGACCUGCAGGGGGAGAUCGGCCCACCUGGUCCCAGAGGGGAAGACGGCCCUGAAGGCCCCAAGGGCCGUGGAGGUCCGAACGGUGACCCGGGCCCUCUGGGGCCCCCCGGGGAGAAGGGAAAACUCGGCGUCCCAGGGUUACCGGGUUACCCAGGACGACAAGGGCCGAAGGGUUCCAUCGGCUUUCCUGGAUUUCCUGGCGCCAAUGGAGAGAAGGGCGGCAGGGGCACACCUGGGAAGCCGGGACCACGGGGACAGCGAGGCCCAACGGGCCCACGAGGGGAAAGAGGCCCCCGCGGCAUCACUGGGAAGCCUGGCCCCAAGGGCAACUCUGGAGGUGAUGGCCCGGCCGGCCCUCCGGGCGAACGGGGACCCAACGGACCCCAAGGACCCACAGGGUUCCCUGGACCGAAGGGCCCCCCGGGCCCCCCAGGCAAGGAUGGGCUCCCAGGACACCCUGGACAGAGGGGCGAGACGGGUUUCCAAGGCAAGACCGGCCCUCCAGGCCCCCCAGGAGUGGUCGGCCCUCAGGGUCCCACGGGAGAAACUGGUCCGAUGGGUGAGCGUGGCCACCCCGCCCCGGGCCCCCCCGGUGAACAGGGGCUCCCGGGCCUCGCCGGAAAAGAGGGGACGAAGGGUGAUCCAGGCCCCGCCGGCCUUCCUGGGAAAGACGGACCCCCAGGGUUACGUGGCUUCCCUGGGGACCGAGGGCUUCCUGGCCCAGUGGGGGCGCUGGGACUGAAAGGCAGCGAGGGCCCCCCUGGUCCGCCAGGCCCCGCGGGAUCUCCGGGGGAGAGAGGUCCAGCGGGUGCUGCUGGGCCCAUCGGAAUUCCAGGGAGACCUGGGCCCCAGGGGCCUCCAGGGCCAGCUGGGGAGAAAGGAGCUCCUGGUGAGAAAGGUCCGCAAGGCCCGGCCGGCCGAGACGGUCUGCAGGGUCCCGUGGGGCUCCCCGGCCCAGCCGGCCCCGUUGGCCCCCCUGGAGAAGACGGAGACAAGGGAGAGAUCGGGGAGCCGGGACAGAAGGGGAGCAAGGGGGACAAAGGCGAACAGGGUCCCCCUGGGCCUACGGGACCUCAAGGCCCCAUCGGACAGCCAGGCCCCUCCGGAGCUGACGGCGAGCCAGGUCCUCGCGGCCAGCAGGGCCUUUUUGGGCAGAAAGGUGACGAAGGUCCGAGAGGUUUUCCUGGGCCCCCCGGACCCGUGGGGCUGCAGGGCCUGCCGGGACCCCCAGGAGAGAAGGGCGAGACGGGAGAUGUGGGCCAGAUGGGCCCGCCAGGUCCCCCCGGCCCCCGGGGACCCUCCGGAUCUCCAGGCGCUGACGGGCCACAAGGUCCCCCCGGUGGGAUAGGCAACCCCGGUGCCGUGGGAGAGAAGGGUGAGCCUGGCGAGGCUGGAGAACCUGGCCUUCCUGGAGAAGGGGGCCCCCCGGGACCCAAGGGUGAAAGGGGAGAGAAGGGCGAGUCGGGCCCUUCUGGUGCUGCUGGGCCCCCGGACCCAAGGGCCCUCCCGGAGACGACGGUCCCAAAGGCAGCCCCGGCCCAGUUGGUUUUCCUGGAGAUCCCGGUCCCCCCGGAGAGCCUGGCCCUGCGGGUCAAGACGGUCCCCCAGGUGACAAAGGAGACGACGGGGAACCCGGGCAAACGGGAUCCCCGGGCCCCACUGGUGAGCCAGGCCCAUCUGGGCCACCAGGAAAAAGGGGUCCCCCCGGCCCCGCGGGCCCCGAAGGCCGGCAGGGAGAGAAAGGAGCCAAGGGAGAAGCUGGCUUGGAAGGUCCUCCUGGGAAGACUGGCCCCAUUGGUCCCCAGGGGGCCCCCGGGAAGCCCGGGCCUGACGGUCUGCGUGGGAUCCCCGGGCCUGUGGGUGAACAAGGCCUCCCCGGAGCCCCAGGCCCCGACGGCCCCCCCUGGCCCCAUGGGACCCCCAGGACUCCCCGGCCUCAAAGGAGAUUCUGGACCCAAAGGCGAGAAGGGUCAUCCAGGCCUGAUCGGACUGAUUGGACCUCCGGGCGAGCAGGGAGAAAAGGGUGACCGUGGGCUCCCCGGCCCUCAGGGCUCCUCUGGCCCGAAGGGAGAACAGGGCAUCACUGGUCCCUCCGGCCCCAUCGGCCCCCCGGGCCCCCCUGGCUUGCCGGGCCCUCCUGGUCCAAAAGGUGCUAAGGGCUCCUCGGGUCCAACUGGCCCAAAGGGUGAGGCAGGCCACCCAGGACCCCCCGGCCCGCCGGGCCCCCCAGGCGAGGUCAUCCAGCCCCUGCCGAUCCAGGCGUCCAGGACCCGGCGGCACAUCGACGCCAGCCAGCUGAUGGACGACGGGGAGGGCGUGGAGAGCUACAUGGACUACGCGGACGGCAUGGAGGAGGUGUUCGGCUCCCUCAACUCCCUGAAGCUGGAGAUCGAGCAGAUGAAGCGGCCCCUGGGCACGCAGCAGAACCCCGCGCGCACCUGCAAGGACCUGCAGCUCUGUCACCCCGACUUCCCAGACGGGGAGUACUGGGUGGACCCCAACCAAGGCUGCUCCCGGGAUUCUUUCAAAGUCUACUGCAACUUCACAGGCGGGGGUGCCACGUGCAUCUUCCCCGACAAGAAGUCCGAGGGGGCCAGAAUCACUUCUUGGCCCAAAGAAAACCCAGGUUCCUGGUUCAGUGAAUUCAAGCGUGGCAAACUGCUCUCCUAUGUGGACGCCGAGGGCAACCCCGUGGGCGUGGUCCAGAUGACUUUCCUGCGGCUGCUGAGUGCCUCCGCCCACCAGAACAUCACCUACCACUGCUACCAGUCGGUGGCCUGGCAGGACGCCGCCACGGGCAGCUACGACAAGGCCAUGCGCCUCCUGGGCUCCAAUGACGAGGAGAUGUCCUACGACAACAGCCCCUACGUCCGUGCCCUGGUGGACGGCUGCGCUACAAAGAAAGGCUAUCAGAAGACGGUUCUGGAGAUCGACACCCCCAAGGUGGAGCAAGUGCCCAUCGUGGACAUCAUGUUCAAUGACUUUGGUGACGCGUCACAGAAAUUUGGAUUCGAAGUGGGGCCGGCUUGCUUCCUGGGCUAGGAGCGGGAGCCCGCCCCCAGAGCAACCUCGUGACCUCAGUGCGCCGCCUGUGGGUGUCCUGGACAGUGAAGGCCCCUCGUCCCCCCCACCCCCGACCUCGUCUGCGCCCCGGCCUCGCGCCGGGCCCGCCCCUCACCCAGAGAGAGCAAAGGGAAAGAGCCGCGUCCCCACCCCGGAGCCGAAUCACAUGACCUAGACGUCCCACAGCCGCCGCCGCUUCCUCCGGCCCUUCCCUCUGCGCUGCGCUCCCCGGGGAAGGGGUCGGCCAUGCAUCCUGCCCCGGCCCGGGAUCUCUUCCCGGAGAGCCCACGGGGUGCGGGAGGGGCUGCAGUGUUUGGAGAUCACGGUCGUUUUUUUUUUAAUUCAACUUGAAGAUGUGCGUUUCCCCUGACCUUCAAAAGUCGUCCGAGGCCGGCCUUGCAAAGGUUACCCCGCCCUCCAGAGCCUCCGUCUUAACAAGAUCCAUUCACGGGCCAAAUGUCAUUCCGCACGUGCCUUUCCGAUGGAUUAAAGGUGCUUUUGUUUUUGUGAGUUUUAAGUAAAUAUUUGUAUUGUAUUGUCCUAACGUUCAGUGUCCCUGACUUUCAAUCACGCACGGGAACCCAGCUGCAGUCCCACUGGGAGAAUUGGACAAGCAGGCGGGGCGUCCACUCUGGGAUGCAGUGCACAGCCCGUCUGCUCGGGGGUGGGGCAUAAACGGGAAGUUUGCCAGGGCAGCAGGGACUCACCCCAGCCCUGAAAAGGCAGGCGCCAGUGCCCUUUCAGACACAUUUUUGAUUAGCUCUGGAUUUUUGUUUUAAAGGGGAGAAAAAAAAAGGAUCCUAUACAUUGCCUUUCCCACGUACGCUUAGAGGAAAACACAGACUUAAAUUCAUUGCAACUGCUUCCUUGUUCCAUUUUCCUUCCUGCAGAGCCAGGGCAGGGAGACCCCAUUUCCUGUAGAUGAUGACUUUAAUGAUAAUUGGUGCUGAUUUUUACGCUCCUCUUUUGUGGUGCUAUCUGUUGAGAUCUCCUUGAAGGCGGCACGGGGGGCACCUGGCCGAGCCGUGCCCCGUUCUCCUGUCUUCCCCGCUCCUGGCUCUCGCCCCCACCACCCGGGGUUUUGCCAAGGCUGCUGAGAAGGACGCAGGUCCGCUCGCUCUCCUCCCCGAUAGCGGUGACGCUGCCCCGGGCCCAGGCCCAGGAUCAGGCUGCGCUUCUGUGAUUUGACAACACACACGCACGCGCCCCCACAGACGCUCUCCGUGUGGUCCGCGUGUGACGAACGUUUGUGGUGCUAAUAUCUGUGUUUGUUCCGAGAACUGAAUUGAAGCUGCGUGGGGCGUCUCAGCUGGGCUGCCGUCGGCGUCUCGGCAGACAGACAAAUGUGCAAUGAACUCUGAGUCCCUCCGGGGCUGCCAGCGGUGCCUCGUCCCCACCAAAGCAAUUUGGAGUUUUCCAUCUGCAAAUGUCCCCAGGCGCAGGUCUCAGCUGCGAGGAAGCUCGGGGCUGGCCGGCCCGUCCUGCCCCCUCCUCCUGGAGCAAGGACCGGGACCUGCAGGCCGGCGAGGAAAGGCGAUCCCUUUACUGUGAAAAGCUGCCCUCGUGCAAUGCCCUUUCCUUCCAUGACGGGAGAAGCCAGACAGGCCCUCGGGAGGAGCCGUGACGGUCCCGGUUCCGGUGCUGCCCUCGCCCGCCCUGCCCCGUCGGAACGUGGCUCCAGCCUGGGAAGCCCCAGCAAAGCACCCCGGGAGCAAGGGAGCACCGCCCGCGAGGCCUCCCCGAGGGCCGGAGACCCAGGCUCGCUCUCGCCGAAGAGAAGUCUGGCUUCGAGGUUCUCCCAGAUCCUGGACGCCAGCGUCUGCCGACGGCCUUCUCCCUCAUCCCUUCAAAAGAAAAGCCAUAUCAGAGCGGUGCCGCCCGCGGCCUGCGGGCUCUGUCUAGGUCAUGUGAUUCCGUUCUGGUUUCUCGUCCCGCCCGAGUUCUCCUUUUGUUCUGUCCAUCUUUUCCUUCCGUUGGUCCCUUUGAAGCCGUUGUGAUUUGUACUGAAGUCAAAAUGUGUCCCAUUCUCCCCAGAACACUUGGCUAUUGUGUAUUGCAAUAAAAUUGCUUCUUAUAUUUGCAGAAA